ACAGCGGCAGAACCAACUGGGUUUCACAUCAAGAACCGGUCGUCCGGGGAACCCCAGUCCAAAGACCGAGGUCCCUAAAGCCGGUGAUCCUGCCCCCAUGGCAGAUAACUGUCCCGCAGAUCAGGAAGAGGGAGGGGUCCAAGGAAAGAGACUGGCGCCGGGAAGCCCAAGGCUGAGAACCGGGAGAGCUGCUGAUUGGGGGUGCUGUCCAGAGAUCGCCCAGCGGGACCCACAGGGAAGCGGACGGGCGCGCGGAGGGGCGCGGGUCUGCGGGGACCAGCGCAGCAAGUGGGAUGUGGGAAGCGCGGCGGAAACUCGGGUGAGAGGCGCGCGCGGAGGCCGAGCGCAAGUGAGUGGGUUCCGUGAGGUGACAGCGAGCGUCGCUUUCCCCACCCGACCCACUCGCCUGGGCCCGCCGCUCCCAGCCGCACGUCCCGAUUCUGGCUUCUAAUAGCGGCUCACACCAAGGAUCUUUGGCGCCUUGUUUUGUUUGCCGGUCACUGUACCACUUUCUAGGUAUCCGCCCCGGAAGUGAUGUCACCGGGCGCAAACGGGGCCGCCAGGGGGGUCACCAUAUUUUUAAAGGGAACGUAGAGUUUCCCGCAGCUUCUGAUGGUGCUCUUGGCGCCAUGUUGCUUCUGGGCAGAAGUAGCGCAUUUAGGGCUCCGCCUCUUUAAAGGAACAGAGAGGUUUGCAACCUUGGGACUACAUUUGGGGUCGCUGGAGAUUUGACAAAACAGCGCAGUUCUUCGCUGAAGCAGACCUGUGUGGGACACAAGUCCCUGGCUUGGAGCCAUUUUCAGGCCUAGGCUGUCUGCCCUUCUCCUCUACCCCUGGAGGGGAAGUCUGCAGCGCCUGUGGACCUGGGAGGCAUGCUCAGGAGCAUAGCAGCCAUCUCAACACCCCUGGUGUGGCCGCUCUGGGAAAGGAAGGCUGGAGCCUCGCUCACCCUCGCCCGGUGUUCGCACCAGACUCUCAUCAUGGCCAAACAACUGCAGGCUCGAAGGCUGAAUGGAAUCGAUCACAACCCCUGGGUGGAGUUUGUCAGACUGGCCAAAGAAUAUGAUGUCGUGAACUUGGGCCAGGGCUUCCCCGACUUCUCACCUCCGGACUUUGCUGUGCAAGCUUUCCAACAGGCCACCAGUGGGGACUUCAUGCUCAAUCAGUACACCAUGGCAUUUGGUUACCCACCGCUGACAAAGAUCCUGGCAAGUUUCUUUGGCAAGCUGCUAGGACAGGAGCUGGACCCACUCAAGAACGUGCUGGUGACAGUGGGUGCCUAUGGGGCUUUGUUCACAGCCUUCCAGGCCCUGGUGGACGAAGGAGAUGAGGUCAUCAUCAUCGAGCCUGCCUUUGAUUGUUAUGAACCCAUGACUCUGAUGGCUGGAGGUCGGCCUGUGUUUGUGUCCCUGAAGCCGAGCCCUGUUGCUAAGGGACAAUUGGAAUCCAGCAAUGACUGGCAACUGGACCCUGCAGAACUGGCCAGCAAGUUCACACCUCGUACCAAGGCCCUGGUCCUCAACACACCCAACAACCCUCUGGGAAAGGUGUUCUCUAAGAAGGAGCUGGAGCUGGUGGCUGACCUGUGCCAGCAGCAUGACGUCCUGUGCAUCUCUGACGAGGUCUACCAGUGGCUGGUCUAUGAUGGGCACCAGCACGUCAGCAUCGCCAGCCUCCCUGGCAUGUGGGAGCGGACCCUGACCAUUGGCAGUGCAGGCAAAAGCUUCAGUGCCACCGGCUGGAAGGUGGGCUGGGUCAUGGGUCCAGAUCGGAUCCUGAAGCACCUGCGGACUGUGCAUCAGAACUCUAUCUUCCACUGUCCCACCCAGGCCCAGGCCGCAGUAGCCCAGUGCUUUGAACGGGAGCAGCAGCACUUUGGACAACCCGGCAGUUACUUCUUGCAGCUCCCACAGGCCAUGAAGCUAAACAGAGACCACAUGAUCCGCAGCCUGCAGUCAGUGGGCCUCCAGCCCUUGAUCCCCCUGGGCAGCUACUUCCUCAUUGCAGACAUCUCGAACUUCAAGAGCAAGAUGCCCGACCUGCCCGGUGCUGAGGAUGAGCCCUACGACAGACGCUUUGCCAAGUGGAUGAUCAAAAACAAGGGCCUGGUGGCCAUCCCUGUCUCCAUCUUCUUCAGUCAACCUCACCAGAAGGACUUUGACCACUACAUCCGCUUCUGUUUUGUGAAGGAUGAGGCCACGCUCCAGGCCAUGGACGAGAGGCUGCAGAAGUGGAAAAAGGAGCUCCAGCCCUGAGGCUCCUCAGCUGGGCUCCGUCACAGGGAAGCCCUAGAGGGCCCAGCUCUGUGACUGGACAUACUUCCUGGAAAGGGGCCAUCGACUUGGGGGUUUCAGCAAUCUUUUCUCACAGUAUCUGGACUGCUUUCUUGAGUUGGGCCAUAUUCUGCUCCUCUGUAGGUUAUUUUAGGGUCGUGGUUAUUUCUGGCCUCCCUGCCUGGGAUAGUAAAGGAUGGAGUAUCAGGUUGGAGCCCCAGCCUUAACUUAGCCCUGCCCAGGGGCUCUCCAGCUCUUCUCAUGUGACUUCAAGAUAUUGUUUCUGACUUGAUUGUUUUUGUUCCUAAUAAAGUUGUAAGUUAUUAGAGCCCUCAA